AUGCCAUAACGGUCUCUUUAAUAGUUUGUAUACUUGUGUUCUGCUUACUCUCCGUGCACAGAAAUUUAAAUGUACGGAACUGGUUAGGUGUAUUUGUGUCUAAUUAGAAUACGGUGACGGUCACAACGAUGCUUAGUGCAAUGCCGCUACACGUCUAUUCAAACAUGAUGAGUAUGCGAUUUGUGAUGAAUCGCACGCUGGAUGAGUUUCUAUCCCAUUCUGGAACCGCAGCACAUGUUGCGGUUGAGCCAUGAGGAUAACUAGCAUGGUUUUCCUAUGUUCACCCGUUUUUUUCAUGCUCGUGUAGUUUUUGCUCAUCGUGGUAAGCAAGUGACUAUAUGCUUACAAACUAAUGCUGCACCCUAUGUUUGUAGUGGGAUGGGUAGAUUUACUCAGUUUUCAUCACUGGCAGGUUAAUUGAAAAUGCCAGUGCGACGCAUCCAUUGUGUUUCCACAAGAGAAAAGAAAUUGGGUUUAGUUGGUUUGUUCUGGUUCUGAAUUCUAUGUGAUUUCGAGCGUUGAAUGUCGUUCGUUGUUGUAGUUGUGUAUACAAACGCGAAGCAGAAGGCACGCAAUGGAUUUUCAAACUCAAAAAAGCUACAUUUCAGUCGAUUCGCAGCGUUAUACAUAUUCGGACGUGCUCUUGAUGCACUUGUAUCGCCACAUACCACUUCUAUGGACGUAAAAUAGUCAAAGCCAACAUAAAAAAAAUGGCAGACCUGAACAGAGCAAAAUGGAAAUGUCUCAUCUUUGUAGCAGUGGCGUUGAUUUGUUCGAGUGAGGGAAAGAACAUUUUAGAGGUCAUUUCAGUGCUUGAUGAGGACAAGGUAGAAGCAAUAACAGCCGAUGUAGCUGCAGAGAAAAGAGGAGAAUUUAAACAUCCCCACCGCCUCCAGACUUUCACUUCGCUUACAACCAGAGACAAUAAAGCUGCUUACUUCCACGUAUUUAAUUCUACCGCACGUUUGGUGAGUGAUUUACAAUCAGUUGCAUGGAAAGAUAAUCAACCUGUAGGCAGUCGUUUGAAACGCCAUGCAGAAGCUACCGAUGCAGAUGCGCCCACAGGCCAACCGAAUGCUCGUGAAGAUCCAAUUGUAGCUGAAAAACAAAUCAUGCAUGCGCCGCAUAAAUCUUCAGAAUUUCAAGCAAAAAUUAUACGCGAAGAAAGCGAUUCUGAUGGCCAGGAAUCGAUUCAUUUAAUACAAGAGGGUAUAAAGUCACGUGCUCCGAGAGUAAACUUCGUCACACAGCAAACGAAAAACAUAUUGCCUUCUUCAGAAUUUCGUGAUUCAUCAAACGACAAGCUGAUACGAGAGCUGUAUCGCAAACCAGUAAAGAACCUAAAUUAUGAACGUUACUUGCCUCGAACUUAUGAUUCCUUCAUGGCAACAUCUCAAUCACCAAUGUACCCCCGAGUAUACAACAGAUAUGAUUCGUUUCAUUACGACAUGCUGAAUCGGAUGCAUCCUCCAGCACCACAUCGGUACGAUCACUACUACGAGCGUCGACACGAUGUAGAAAGUGAUUCUUAUUUCCCUCGGUACAAAUUUCCUUACUAUUACUAUUAUCCCGACCGGCGUUAUGAUGUUCCGUUGUAUUACAGAGAUCGUAACUAUCUGUACACAAACGACAUCGAACAAUCUCCACACGGAAUCCCAGUGUAUAAUACGUUGCCCUUACCAACCAGUAUGAUUCGAUCCUCCGUACCAGCAAUGCGUAAUCGUCGAAUAAUUUAUUUCGCCACAUUACCAGAAAUAGUUCGGCCGCGUCCGAAGGAUAACUUGAACCAUAGAUUAGUGCAAGGAAAUCGAUACGAACCUUACAAUGCUGGAGUAUCUCAAAGUGGGAUUGCAUACAAAGACGCUCGGCCUGUGAAAUACGACGGUAAAGGUGAUAAGUAUGUGAGUUCUAAACCAAUUAAAAUUGUGCGUGAGGCAAUUGAAGCGCAAACUAGAACGUCUUUACUUAGAGAUUCCCAGGACAAGAGGGAAAGGCAACAGCAACAACAACAACCCAACAGCUGGAGCAACAUUAAGGAAUCGAAUCGUUCACCGUUUGUUGAGAAUAAUUCAUUUCUUGAGCGCAGGAGAUUAUUUUUACACUAAUAAAUUAAAAAUUUAAGCUUUUUUUCAUUUAAGAGACAGUCAGAACUGUUUGUAUACGAUAAACCACCUAUGAAAACUGUUGUGUAAAUGGUUUGAGGUAUUUUUUAUAAAUGUGUUUGGGAUGCGAAUAAAACACAAAGUAUCUUUAUGUUCUUGAUUAUAAAGCUCACAAGGAAAGAUGGAAAUCGAGAGGGAAGUUAGCAAAGAAAGAAGAACUUAGCGAUACGGGGUGGAGCAAUCUGAGGCUUCCACUCGACAGGACCAGUAUUGAAUCCCAUUUUGAGCGCUCACCGGCAAUUGCUUCCAAUUUGCGCAUAAAUUUAUGUAAUGAAAGCCAAAAGCCAGAGGUCAAGGCCAAAAGUGAUGACAGUGUAACGUCAGAUAAUAUUAAAAGCAAGUAUUUCGCUUAUUAAUUAUGUCAAUUCUUAGAAAUCAUGCCUCCGUAGUUUAUGUGUUACCACAUUAAAGAUGAAGUUUGCACAUUAAUUUGAUAACAUUGGGGUGCAGCAAAAGGAGCACAUAAAAAAGAAAAAAAAUCAAACGUCGAAUAAUGUGCGCUGCGCUUGAUAUUAAUUGCAAUUUUGGAUUCUGUUUUACAUUGUUUUGCUUGAUAUGCGAUUUGUUGCAAUUGUUUUUUACUGUUGCGUGUGGGUAGCGCUUCUGUUUGUUAAUUAUCUGUUACAUUCUGUGUUUAAUUGGUGAAUUGUUUCGGUGUUGUCGGCGGAGCACUGCCUGCUAGUAUUCUGGUGACCGGUUCUGGGAUUGUAUUCUUUGGUUGUUCGUGGUCAGAUGUUAUCGAUUCUCUUAAACGUUGAUUGUCGGUAGGUCGGAAUGUUAUUGCACGUAACACCAAUUAAUUAACACUCGCUAACGUUGUUCUUUUUUACCGAUUAUUUUUGUUCAUGAAGGACGGAUUGGCCGUAUUGCUUUUAUACAGAUUAAAUAUAAACAAAUGUUUACCAAUGGA